AUGCAAUGCAACGUCACCACUGUGUGCACUUACAACAGCAGUCGGAGCAAUUACACAUGUACGUGUGAGGAUCAGUACGUCUGGCCCAGUGAGAGCUGUACCACGUACGGGACGUGUGCUGGUUUUGCGAAUCAGCCCUGUCAGUGUAUCCACAGUCUUCCUCCUCAGGAGCGGCUCUGUCAGAGAGGUGUAAUACCAGCAACUCCAACUAAUGCAUCUGUGCAUACAUCCACAACGCCUGGCCCUAAAACUCCUGAUCUCAACAAUACCACCAAAAACAACAUCAACGCCAUUGACACCGUCGACACCAUUGACACCGUCAGACCAGGAAGUAUUCUCGUAGAUUUCACUCUUACACCAAACGGUGCGUUUGAUUAUGUCACAUUUCGACAACGUCUUACGCCUUUGGGUUCUUUGGAACAAAGUGAUUUUGAUUGUUCAGAUACUGAAUAUGGUGUUGGAAAUGUAAAUGAAAGAAAGACAAUAAAUUGUACUGGUGAUUUUGUGGGCACCAUGACAGCUGAAUGCAGUUCGUCUGGUAAAUGGAUAGUCAUUAAGGACAGAUGCAUCCUACGCGUUUUUGUAGACCUGCUGGAACGAUCUCGGAACUUGCCUGCAGAGAACAUCACAGGGUUUGUGACAGAACUUAACAACGAAACAGAGACCAAUAGAGCAAAUGUAACUGAAUCUCCAUUCACAGUCGUCACUAUUGUUGAAAUACUUAACAAUGUUGCAAAUGCUUCGAUACAACAGGACUUCAGGGCUAACGAAAACGUAAUGCAAGAUUUUCUCUCCACCGUGGACGUCAUAACAUCUGAUGAAGCGCAAGAAACUUGGGACGGUCUGAAUACAGACAAUGAAACUGACAGCACCAGCUCUUCACUACUUCAAUCUCUGGAAGAUAUUGGAGACACUCUGUCUAAUACCCCAUUUAAUGUAACAACAACAAGCUCUGAGCUGAGCAGGAUCUUCAAUGUGAUGACAUUUAAUUCAGUACUGGGAGUAAACGACACCACUGAAGUGGACAUUCCAGACAUUAACAUUACUGACUUCACUAUUAUGGUGUUCUCUAGUAUGCAAAACGCUUUAUCAGCCAGAACCGCCACCAACAUCAAUGACUCCGUCAUUACGUCGACUGUCAAUGGAGAUGUGGUCUUAGUCAAGUUAAAUAAUACGGUCAACAACAUCUCCUUUACCUUUGACAUCAGGAAUGAAUCACUGGGAAAUCCUCAGUGUGUCUUCUGGAAUUUUGAACUUUUAGAUGGAAUUGGUGGAUGGGAUUCCACAGGAUGUGAACUGAAGCCAGAUCCAAAUGAGACAGGAAAGGUUACCUGUGAAUGUAAUCACACCACCUCCUUUUCCAUUCUCAUGUCACCCUUCCCUAGCAUCCCAGCCUUAUCUUACAUCACUUUUAUAGGGGUGGGGAUUUCAAUGCUCAGUUUAGUUUUGUGUCUGAUCAUAGAGGUUAUAGUUUGGAAGCCACUGACCCAAAAUGACACAUCAUACAUGCGCCAUGUAUCCCUAGUGAACAUUGCCGUCUCCCUUCUGAUUGCUGACAUUUGGUUCAUUAUCGGUGCGGCUAUAGCAGGCGCGGGAAAAGAAACUCCAGUGGGUCCUUGCAGUGCGGCGACGUUCUUCAUCCAUUUUUUUUACCUUGCCCUCUUUUUCUGGAUGCUGCUCUCAGCGCUGUUUCUCCUCUACCGAACCGUCAUGGUCUUCUCCCAGAUGUCGAGAUGUACCAUGAUGUCGAUUGGCUUCUCAGUAGGAUACGGCGCCCCACUCCUUAUUGCAGUCAUUACUGUGGCAGUGACUGCUCCUGGAGGAGGAUACAUCAGAGAGAGAGAUGCUUGUUGGCUCAACUGGGACAAAACAAAGGCACUGCUGGCGUUUGUCAUACCUGCCCUGACCAUCGUGGCCAUUAACUUCAUCAUCAUGAUCGCGGUCUUGUACAAGAUGCUGAGAAGAUCUGGUCCCACGACACAACCAGAUGAAAGAAAUGCCAUGGUGGUUGCUGCCAGAUGUGUGGCAUUCUUGACGCCCAUUUUCGGUCUUACCUGGGGAUUUGGCAUCGGGACCAUGGUCUCUCGUGAUGUCGGAGUACACGUUGUUUUUGCGGUCUUAAAUUCAUUACAGGGUUUCUUUAUCUUCCUGUUUGGGACACUUUUAGACGGCAAGGUAUGA